CACGUAAACCGGUUGUUUAAUUCGAUCAGAGAAAAUUUUUGUGGAGCUCCGCCGGAGAAGAGAGUGAAAAUUUCCAAUUCUAAACCAAAAAAAAAAAAAAAAGAAGACGAAAGAUUCAGUUUGUGUCCUCUCCAAUGAGCGAUAAGGGCGGGAGUCUUCAAGUCCAGGUGGAUCCCAACCUUCCGCGAUGGAUGUGCCAGAACUGCCGGCACUCUCUUUGCAUCGUCGGAGCUGAUUCCUUCGCUGACAAGUUCUUAAACGAGUCCUCUUUCCGCUCCGCUCAUGGUGCUAACAGCGUACUGGGCUCGUCACGCAUGGACAAUUCUUUUGUCGUAUUGCCAAAUCAAAAGCCCCAACUGCAGGGAAACCCUCCACGUCCACGAGGUGGAGGCGUUCAGCCUGGGAAGGCUAUGGACGAAUCCUUUGUCGUCGUUUACAAGUCUGAGCCUGCCUCUGAUGGAGGCGGAGGGGGACAGUUGCCUGCUCUAGAAGGAGGAUCCAAUGGUCAGUUGCAUCCCAACAAUGCCGGGUUUCAUUCUACAAUCUCUGUCCUUAAACGGGCAUUUGAGAUUGCAACAACGCAGACACAGGUUGAGCAGCCAUUGUGUCUUGAGUGCAUGAGAGUGUUAUCUGAUAAACUUGACAAGGAGGUUGAAGAUGUGAAUAAGGACAUUGAGGCGUAUGAAGCAUGCCUCCAACGCCUUGAAGGAGAGACCCGAGAUGUUCUCAGCGAGGCUGAUUUUCUGAAGGAGAAACUAAAGAUUGAGGAGGAAGAAAGAAAACUUGAAGCUACUAUUUCAGAGAUCGAGAAACAGAAUGCUGAAGUAAAUGCUGAACUGGAGGAAUUGGAGUUAAAAUCUGGCCGCUUUAAAGAACUGGAAGAGAGGUACUGGCAGGAGUUCAAUAAUUUUCAGUUCCAAUUAAUAUCAUAUCAGGAAGAGAGAGAUGCGAUUCUAGCGAAGACCGAGGUUUCUCAAGCGCACUUGGAGUUGUUGAAGCAAACCAGUGUGCUGAGUGAUGCUUUCCCAAUCUAUCAUGAUGGAGACUUUGGAACUAUAAACAAUUUCCGACUUGGCAGACUUCCUAAAAUCCCGGUUGAAUGGGAUGAGAUAAAUGCUGCCUGGGGCCAAGCUUGUCUACUCCUCCAUACAAUGUGUCAAUACUUCAAGCCAAAAUUUCCAUAUCACAUAAAAAUGAUUCCUAUGGGGAGCUACCCGCGCAUUAUGGAUAGCAACAACAAUUCCUAUGACCUGUUUGGACCGGUGAACUUAUUUUGGAGCACUCGCUAUGAUAAAGCGAUGAUACUGUACCUGACAUGCCUCAAGGACUUUGCUGAUUUUGCAUAUUUGAAGGACCAAGAGAACAACAUCCCACCUGAGAGUAGGUUCAAGCUUCCAUACAAGAUUGAGAAUGACAAAGUGGAAGGCCAUUCCAUCGCCCAGAGCUUCAAUAAGCCAGAGAACUGGACAAAAGCAUGCAAGUACACGGUUUGCAAUUUGAAAUGGGCUCUCUACUGGUUCAUUGGAAACACUAAUUUCCAACCUAUGACUACACUAAUGGCCUCUCCGCGUGUAAAUGUACCGGGGGCAGGGUCUUUGUAUGCAAAGCAGCAGCAGCGUGGUGGUACAGGCUCGAAACGUGAUUCUCGCAGAACAUGAAAACCAGACUUACUAAUGAGAUACUGGUACGGGGAACCCGUGAAAGGGUUUGUAGAUAGAAAGUAUGACUGUUAGGUUACUCCAAUCCUAUUUUAGCUUUGUUAUCCCGAUUCCUCCCGUAGCAACUACUACUUACUGUUGGAGUUAUUCCAUUUACCCAGUGGAAAGCACAUAUCUCCUUUUGUGUGGUAUAUGCAUAGUCAAUUGUUCGUGCAUCCUGUUUGAUUCGAAGCAGAUAUCGUGUACAUAUGUUAUUCCUCAAUACAUUUCUUGAGGUUCGAGGCGUAUGCAGAGUAGUGUGGGUGUUUUCUCCAAUUCCAAGCACAGUGUUCUUCUAUGUUUGAGAGUGUUUAAUCGGAUCCCAGGGGUUUUGAUCUCUGAAAUCCCCUGCCCGGAGAUAAUUGCUAAAUAAGGUACUUAUUAUACACCGCUUGAGGUC